CCAGAACCAAAUGGAAAGACUUGAGCAACUCACAGAAGCGCAUACAUUCUGGAAAACUUGAUUUGAUGUUCGAGAAUGUGAUAGGAAGAUCUACGCAGUACGCUGAAUGGAAACUGGGAGAUAUCCAGGUUGGAACCGUUCUUGAAAGCCGAAGGAUAAAACUGUAGCACCGGUGUCGACAACAACGUCAUACCCCUUUGGACUUGACCUACAACACACACUACACCUUGUGGUCACAUCCACGCUCAGACCAUAUUUCAGCAAGUUGAUAGAAGCAAAGACAUACAAGCAGCAAUGUUCACAUCUCGGACGGUAUCAGCAUCAUUGAGGAAUUCUCGAUGUAGUGCUUGGAAUACAGGCCGGAGGAGCCUUCUUAACCGAGAGAUGCGUUCGAUCUCCCAUUUGACAAAUCACCGAAGGAAUCAAUUAAACACGUUGCCCGGAAAGGAUCAUUCAAAUCAUUUUCCAUCACCGCGAUGGUUCAGUCAGAGCCCGACUCGAUGCGCUCAGGGACCUUCGCCUCCUCGAGGUGGGUUCCCGUUGGGAAACAUUUUUGGGCAACAGCCGGAAAGAAAAGCUGGCGAUGCUCUCAAAGAAUUUGGGAUCGACUUGAGCGAGAAGGCCAAAAAGGGUGAAUUGGAUCCGUGUAUCGGUAGAACUGAGGAAAUCAAACGCUCGAUCCAAAUCUUGUCUCGUAGGACAAAGUCCAAUCCAAUUCUCAUUGGUCCAGCAGGAGUCGGGAAAACCGCGAUCAUGGAAGGAUUGGCCCAGCGUAUAUUGAACAAAGAAGUACCAGAAAGCAUCCAGGGAAAGCGAGUAAUCUCCAUUGAUCUUGCAACGUUAGUCUCAGGGACUGCGCUUCGGGGUGCUUUCGAAGAAAAGUUCAAAGCUUUGCUGGCAGAUAUCGAGGCCGAAGAAGGAAAAGUCAUCGUGUUCAUUGACGAGAUACACACCCUGCUGAACCUGGGGAAAGCAGAGGGAUCUAUUGAUGCGGCGAACAUGAUAAAGCCAGCGCUAGCUAGAGGCUUACAGUUGGCGGGUAGUACUACUCUGGACGAAUAUCGCAAGAUAGAGAAGGAUCCUGCCCUUGCAAGGCGCUUUCAGUCUGUCCUCGUCAGCGAGCCUAGCGUGAACGAAACCAUUAGCAUCUUGAGAGGUCUCAAACCCAGAUACGAAGUACACCAUGGUGUGAGUAUCUCUGACGGCGCCCUGGUAACAGCAGCCGCAUACUCUAAUAGAUACAUAUCAGAGCGCUUCCUACCUGACAAGGCUAUCGAUUUAGUGGACGAGGCCGCCUCGUCGCUGAGAUUAUUGCAGGAAAGCAAGCCCGAUCAGCUUGAAAGUCUAGAACGCCAGAUCACGACCCUCCAGAUAGAACUUGAAUCUUUAAAAAAUGAUAAGGAUGAAUUCUCUCAGAACCGGAUUGCCAAGAUCAAGCAGGAAAUCUCCGAUUGCGAGAAAGAAGCAGUAACCCUCAAUGAAAAAUGGAGGAACGAAAAGCAAAAACUUGAUGAAGUCAAGAAUCUCAAAGUCAGGCUCCAAGAUGCUACGAUGGAAUUGAUCGAGGCUCAGAGGGCACAAAAUUAUCAACGUGCUUCAGAACUAGCUUUUGGUAUCAUACCCGAGUUAGAACGGACCAUCAAGGAAGCGGAAAAGAUGGAAGAUGAAGAUGACAAAGAACCGUCUGAAGCCACUCUUUUGGUCUCUAACCGGGUAACCUCCAAUGACAUUGCACGAGUAGUGGCCAAGAUGACCGGAAUCCCCGUUAGCAACCUGAUCAAAGGUGAACGCGAAAGGCUUCUGACCAUGGAAUCUGAGUUACGGAAAAGGGUCGUUGGGCAAGACGAAGCUCUAGGAAGGAUCGCCGAUUCAGUUCGACUCACUCGCGCCGGCCUUAACCCUCCUACACGUCCAAUUGCCAGCUUUCUGUUUUUGGGACCGACUGGAGUCGGGAAGACUGAGCUUUGUAAAACGCUGGCAGGCUUUCUGUUUGAUACCCAGAAAUCACUCAUCCAAAUCAAUAUGUCUGAAUAUUCCGAAAAGCAUACAGUAUCUCGCUUGAUCGGGGCAGCUCCAGGCUACGUAGGGUAUGAGGACGCAGGACAAUUGACCGAACAAGUGCGGAGAAAGCCAUUCAGUCUGGUAUUGUUGGACGAGUUCGAAAAGGCACACAAAGAAGUGGCGAAUAUUCUGCUGCAGAUCUUGGAUGAGGGGACCUUGACUGAUUCUCAGGGACGAAAGGUGGAUUUCCGCAACACGAUCAUAGUCCUGACCUCGAACCUGGGUGCGUCUAUCCUCAACGAGGCCGGAGCGAUUGACCGCAAGACCGGCCAGGUGACCGACGCCACCAAAGAGGCCGUCAGGAAAGUGGUCGAGAUGUCCUACCCGCCCGAGCUGAUCAAUCGAUUGGAUGAGCUGGUUGUCUUCAACUCCUUAGCCAAGCAAUCCGUCCGUCAGAUCGUCGAUAUCCGACUGCACGAGCUACAGGCGAUCCUAGCCGACCGACGGAUCACGCUCGAAGUGACUGAUAAGGCUAAGACCUGGUUGGCCGACCAAGGCUAUGAUAGCAUCUAUGGUGCGCGUGCUCUUAACAGGACCUUGGCCAAGCAACUACGACAGCCUUUGGCGGCUGCUCUAUUGGAUGGCACGAUUCGUGACAUGGACCUCGUCAAAAUCGAUCUAGCACCAUCGGGAGAUCAACUCGAAUUCCCCCAACUUCAUCCACCCUAUGCUUCUAAAGAUUCUCAUUCUAGUCAUACUCCCAAAGAUAAUUAUCAUCCUCCAAGAAAGGAGCUGAAAGUGGUUUCCGAGUAAUUUCAUUGAUCAUCAUGGUGGCUUCAUCUUGAUAUUUAAAAACUGUUUGAUUUGUUGAUGUGUACAUUAUAUCAAUCCCCUCUCUGUUUUUGUUUUGUUUCUCUGAAGGAAGAUACAACCAAUAUCCCCCAACUGUAGAUUCUUGCAUGUAGUUCUUGUUUUAUCCAUCCGUCUCCCUCAUCUGUUGUUUUCUCUCGUUUCGUUGGUCUGUUCUUGUAAUCUAAACUAUAUGAUUUUUGGAAGGUA